AAGUGACGCGUGAGUCGCCCUCGGUGGUGGACGGUAGUUGUGAGCCGGCAGUGGUGGUGGUGCGAAAUUGCGGGCAACUUCUCAUAGUUAUCAUUGAUCGAUAACAUGGUGUGGAAAUUGCGAAAAGUCACGCACAACACGCACGUUCUUUGCGAAGGGUCUUCACCAUGCUGAACACAUUCAUCAACCACUACGUGAGACAACGCGAGGACGGAGGACCGUCGCAGGCGCCUCUGCCCGCCAACUCCGGCCCCCUGGCCAGUAAAACAGAGACGGCACCUCAGUUCGAACAGAGACCCAUGGGGCAGACAAACUGGCGGGAGCAGGCGCUGCGCCGCCGGAAGGUGGCCGACUGUCAGAUCAUCGGCUGCGUCAUCACCUCCGGGCUGCUGAUCCUGCUGGCCGGACUCGGCAUGUUCCUCGCGGCAUGGUUCGUCCUCGGCAAGGACGACCCGUUCAUCCUGAUUGGCCCCGUGUUCGCCGGCUGCGGUAUCGUGGUGCUUCUGCUCAGCGUGGAGGUAUGCGUUCGACGCCAGAAGGUCAUCAAACUGACAGAGGACCUUAGCUCAGAUGAUGAAGGGGACGGCCACUACAUCGACGAGGGCCUGGUCAACUACGGGUUCGGCAACUACUCCGGCGACCCGGCACCGGCCGCCAUAGUCACCAAGUCGCCCAAACGGUCACCGAUUAUCGUCAAGCCCUCUGCUGACGCCGAGUAUAAGCCGUCGUUUGAUAAGGCCGCCUCCGACCCGAGGACCGGCCCCAAGUGAACAUCCUGGCGCCCACGCCGGACGCCUCGGAAGAAAUCCUAGACGUCUCCAUGACCCAGGAGCACAUCGAGCUCCUGCUAUCCCCACAGGGGGGCCGAGGAUAGCUAGCCGUGCCCACCGAGGAGAGCCUGCUGCGGGAGCGUCACAGGAAACAGGAGGAGGAGCGGAAGGAGCGCCUGGAGCAGGAGCGGGCCGACCGCCGCAGGAGGCGGCUGAGGGUCCGCCUGCCGGUCGAGGAUGAGGAGGAGGGCGAGGAUGUGCCCAGUAGUAUCACAGAACCAGAGGACCGACUGAGGGUUAUCAAUGAGAUUAUUGAGAUGACCUCCGCGGACGCUGGUGAAGGUAGGGAGACGGGCGGUGGCGCUGGUGGUGUUGGUGACUCCUCUGGUGUUGGUGAUGAGGUGGUGAUUGUGGACGAGACAGCUCGCUCUCCCGUGGACGGCAGGGUGCGACUGGCACCCCUGGAUACGUCGCCGCCUAGUGUGAAUCGGUGGCUGGACUCGGCCCGAAAACGGAGGUGAUUUGACCGGGACAGGGUGACAUGGAAUAACAGUGCCGUGUGCUUUCUACGUGUAAGGUUCGUUACAUUCCCCGUUGAUGCGACAACGGUGGUUUUUGUCACCGAUAUCGUUCAAAGGCAGGAUUCUCCUCUCUACUACACAACUAAGCGCUGGAAGAAGACGGUAUCAACGCAAUGAGAACGUUGCAGAUGUGGGGACGUGGCGUGGUGAACACAAUGGCACCAGAGGCGUUGGACGCGAUGGUGCCUUUAGAUUCUUCAGCUAGUGUUAGUUACCAUGCUAUGGACUCGGUAUACAGACGUUCUGAGCAGUAUCGGAUAUCCAUACAUUCGUACCUACAGGGUGUCUCAAAGUCAAAAGUUCGUUGACACCUUUCCCAUGCCCAUAAACAUAAAGCAUAUAAGAACCGGCCAAAAAUCUAAGGUUUUGGUGUCUGUGUGCACACUAGACAAAUAUGCAUGCUUUGACAACUGAUUCGGAAGGUUGGAAAUCAAACUAUUUGCUGUAUCUCCAAAAAUAUUUGUCCAUACCGAUUCUCGUCGCUCCGUAAGCUGCCGGAGGCUGAUAAAAGGUUACCAACUUUCAAACUCUUGUAGGGGAAUCCCCUCCAGUUUCUGCGUCAGAUUUAGAUUUGACGAGCUCCCCGGCAACAUCCGCUUCUCCCUGCAAGCCGACAGCUUGCAUCGACACCACCCGUGAGUAUUUUGUAGGUCUUCUCUGGCGCUAACUCCUUCAUGAAUAACUGGCGCCGACCUCACAAGCACCAUUUUCCUUUUCAAAACAACCCCCUUCCUGAACAAAUGGGAAAAGCCAGGGGUGAAUUUUUCGCAGAAUAUAGUAGAAGAAUGUGUCGGCCAUCUGUUUCUUAGACACGUUGUGCAAAUUUUGCAAAUCCCAAACGCUCAUCAUUCCCCAUGACAAGACCUUCGCUGAGUUGCGGAGUGUUUUUCUCAGAAGAGGUUCUGCUUUGUAAACGGCCAAAACCUGUCCAUCGUGCGGUUUUGUCGGGAUUUUGUGUCUAAAAGAAAGCUAUUCGCUCCAGAUCUGCCUCUUGAAACUUCGUAGGAUAAAAAUUUACAUUAAUUGACACUAUUGGAGGGUCAGUUGUCCUUGGCAUUGACGAUUUUCGUGUUAUUUUUCCCCAAAAUUUAGCGUUAUAGAUAUUAUAAACAAUUUCAAAUGAUAAUUUGUCUUUAUUUUACGAUGACCUGCAAUUUUUGAAACUGGUUAACCUCUGUCUGUGAGCUUCUCGUCAGUUUUCAAUAGUUAUGACUUAAUUUUCAGCUGCUUUCCGGAGCACGAGUCUGCUGCCGUACGAGGGUCGUUCAAAACGCUGUUAGUCUCGCAUGGUUUUGUCCUUCAAAAAUUUUAGCCGCCGUUUUUAUUAGAUGAUCAUCAUGUUGUACUCAUCCUCGCCGACAGUUUGCCAUGUGUCAUUUCCGACUGAACCAUUCCCAUUGCUUCUGAAAUAGAGUUUCUCAGACGACCCGAUUUUGCGACCUCCAUUUUCAUGCCUGACCCAUGGUCAGAGAUGAACCCUUUUUGUGAGCGCAUGAAGGGUCGAAUGCGCUUGAAAACAAUGAGACUGCUUGAGGAAGGUUGUUACGAAUGCCCAUGCAAAAUUUCGACCAAUAAUUAAUUGUUGAUUUAGAAUUAUUGACAAAAAAAGCAUGGCUGGUACCUGUCAACGAACUUUUGAGACACCCUGUACUUGACAAGCCUGUGCAAACAAGAGCAGUGUUCUAUCUUUUAUUUGAUUGCGAAGCUUUUGCAUCAAUAUCACAUAAGAGGUGGUAGUGUAGAAACAUCACAAUGCUGAUCAAUAUUUCAUGGUUCAAUGUUCCAGAAUACCCUAGACGUAGUCUUCGCCUCGUUUCCCUGUAUUUCGCCCCACUGGCACAAUCUGUAUCAAUUAGCUCGGUUCCUGCAAAGGCUAUCAUGCUGUUUGAUCAUGAUCACAACAGUCCGUAGUGGGUAUCAAUUAUCCAUAUCAGCACGCACAGUUUUUGUGAUAGCUUAUCAGCUAACAAGCUUAGAUAGCUGAACUGAGGACAGUGCUAGCGGCGAAAACCACCGCCAUGCGAUAUGUGCAGCUACAUUUUCGGUCGAACGUUGCAGGUGACCCUACAUUUGUAUGUAACUGAGAGUGAUAUUUGACAGGAAUGGACGGCAAAGGCCACGAGCGUCAGAAUCUGUGAUACUGUUUGUUUUUCUCGCGUUAUUGAAUGCCGCUUGGUGUGCCAGAGAGGUUAAUGAUGAACGGAUCAGUGAGGAAGCCUGAAUAUUGAAUAACAUGGGACGGCUUUACAUGUUUUAAUUGAGUUGAGCAUAGCGCAGAUGUAUUCAAUACUUUGAUGACAAAGAUUCAAAGCAUUUAGUGCGCAUCAGGCCAGGCCCAAGUUGUGUGCGUGCGAGAGAGCGAGUUCCCUAAAGCUGCCUCGCCUUGCAGUUACACGCAGCUAUGUGCAACAGUCAUCGAUACCAUCAACGUUACCAGAGUCCAAGACACGCUGCAGCCGGUAGAGCGUUCGUAUUUUGCCGUACUUCGAUGUGCCUUUUUAUUAUGGGUGCUUGUAUCUGAUCACAGUGCACCCUCUUACGUGUCAACUACCUGUUUGAACGAUAUAAUAAAUAUACGUGAACAGCUUUGCA